AUGAACUUAGAUAUUCAAACAAACAAGGCCGUUCUCAACGGAGCAAACAUAUUAGAUAUGCCUUCGGCGCCCAACAACAACACCGAUGAGGCCAAUAACAAUGCGCCAAAGGAGUGCGUAAAGGUUGCGGAAGCGGAGAGCCACAGACUCAAACGUGAAGUGGGACUGGUGAGCGCUACGGCACUUCUCAUAGGAAGUGUUAUCGGUUCAGGCAUAUUCGUGACACCGAGCACGGUUUUUCGAAAUUCCGGUUCCGUCGGUGUUGACGUGAUCGUCUGGUCUGCGUCUGGCAUCAUCACUAUUAUAGGUGGUUUAUGCUACGCCGAGUUGGGUGCGCUUCUUCCUGCCACCGGUGGAGACUACGCCUACCUGAUUGCCGGUGGAAAGUCGGUGGGCAGGUACGGGGACGUCGUCCCUCUGCUCCACGCAUGGUCCUUCAUCCUUGUCUCGGAUCCAAUGAGUGCCGCGCUUCAGGGACUGACCUUCGCGAGCUACACUCUCAGCAUCGUGUACCCUAGGUGCGGCCCACCGCACGAGGUGAAAAUAUGCGUGGCUCUUCUCUUCAUAACCUUGGCCAUGGUCAUCAACUGCAUCUCUGUGAAAGCGUCGGCACGGAUUCAAGUCGUCCUGUCUUCCAUCAAGUGUGUAGUCCUUACGGCGAUCAUUAUCACUGGCGUCGUCUUCGCAUUUAGAGAAAAUCACCUUCUAGACGGGCCCUUCUUCACAAAUACCACGGAACCAGGAAACCUUGUCCUUGCUUUCUAUGGAGCCAUCUACGCCUAUGGCGGAUGGAGACAAAUGAGCUACAUCGCCGAGGAAAUCAAGGACCCCACAAGAAAUAUCCCUUGGGCACUACUGGGCGGAAUAUGCACCGUCACCCUCAUCUACGUGUGUAUCAACGUCGCCUACAUGAUGGCGCUCGAUGCCACCACCAUGGCCACAACAGACGCCAUCGCAGUGUCUUUCGCUAUGGCCACAUGGGGACCUCUGGCAGCAAGGAUGGUACCGAUCUGCGUGUCCGUCAGCUCCUUCGGGCUCUUGUGCGCCGGUUUCUUCAGCAAUGCCAGGGUUGUCCUGGCAGCAGCGAGGCAGGGUCACCUACCCCUUGUGUUCUCCUUCAUCACUGUGGACACGUCCGUACCGUUGACGUCCAUCCUCCUCCGCGGUUCCUUGGCCAUCGCCUACACCUUAACUGGCUCCCUCGGGGUCCUCAUAGCCGGUCGUGUGUUCGUGGAAAGCCUAGGAGACAUUUUCAUUGUGUUGUCGUUGUUUGUGCUUCGGUUUACGAUGAAGAAUGCCCAAAGACCCUACCGGGUUCCCACUGUCCUGGCUGUCUUGAAGCUGCUGGUGUCUGUGGCGCUCGUUGUGCUUCCGUUUCUGAGGCCCGUGCAGUAUCUGCAGUACCUGAUAAUCCUGGCGAUAUUUGGGCUGAGCGGUUUGUAUUACCUCCUCUUUGUACGCUUUAAGUGUGUGGUUCCCGGGGGACGGAUGGCGACCGAUUUGGUUCAAAAGCUAUUGAUGGUCGUGCCUUGCGUGAACGAGCUGGAACUCAUGUUGAAAGAGAAGUUAUGA